AUGACUGGAGGUGGACGAAGGGCAGCAGGCAGGGGCAGCGGUGGACCGCUGGCCUCUUCUUUACCUUGCAGGUGCUCCAGGCGGCCAAGGCCAAGUCCUCCUGGCGCAGCUCUUCGGAGGGGAGCUCCCCCAGGCGCAGCUGGCUCCUGGAGUGCAGGGCUGUGGCCGCCCCCAGCACUGUGUGGGCUUCAGGGGUCCAGCAGUCCCAAGCGCCCGGGAGCCCGCGGGGAGGAGGCUGUGUCCUGGGGCUCAUCCCGCCGCAGUAGUCCCUCCUCCCCCUGGUCUUCCACCUCCUCCCCUUUCUCCUCCUCUUCUCCGCCCUCUUCCUCCUCGUCCUCCUCCCCCUCCUCUUCCUCUGCCCCAGAUGUGGGUGGGGCCCCCUCCAAAAGAGACCUGAUUCAGAGCUCACCGGGGUGCCUUUCGUCAAGGGGAUCCCUUCUGCGCCCUGCCAGACCUUCUCUGGAAGAACUGUCUCUAGGGGAGCGAGCUUGCAGCCUUAAGGUGGUUGACCAGUUUAACCUCGAAUAG